CGCGUAUCAUCCGUAGACUUCUGGAAUAUAUCGAAUUCGUUGUGUUGGGAGGAGAAUCGGUAACGUCGCGACACGCGAUCAUGAUUUCCCUAUUAAUAAAAUUCACGUAGAUUUCGCGAGCGAGGGAAUCGGCUCACUGUCGUAUGCUCGUGUACGCUAGCGUGAGAAAAAUUCGCUGCUCUUAUACGGGUGUGCGGUAGGGCUCUCCGAUCAAUCUUCAAGUUCACGACCCCGCGCUUAUUUGAUUCAACUCGGUGGUCACCUACGGGUGAAUAGAGAUGGCCACCCCACAAACUCCAGGUAUGGAUCCCUGGGUGAUCCAAUCCAGGGAACGUGCAAGAUACAGAGAGCAGUUUGAAUCUUUAAAGCCAAUCAAUGGUGUUGUCACCGGGGAACAAGCAAAGGAGUUUCUACUUAAGUCUCAGCUUCCACCUCUCAUCCUUAGUCAAAUAUGGGCGCUAUCAGACACAGAUGCGGAUGGCAAAAUGGAUAUAAACGAGUUCAGUAUUGCGUGUAAAUUAAUCAAUUUAAAGUUGCGGGGCUUCGAAAUUCCGAAAGCGUUGCCACCGAUUCUGGUGCAGAGCUUAAAGGCGCUUUCCGUUAGCGAUACUAGUGCAACAAACUUAACAAACGGAAGUGCUGGUAUACCUCCGCCGAGUAAUGUUGCUUCUUUAGUGAAUUUAACUGGAGCGCCACCAGUGCCGGUGCAGCCCUUAAUGGGUUGGAGUCCUAUGACUGGAUCAGUUCCACGUCCUCUUAUAGGUCCUCCACCGUCAAAUGGAUCAUUACCUGGGCAUCCGAUUAGACCAGCCUCACCAAUGACUUUACCAGCAUCACGACAAAGUAGACAGAAUGUGGCUGCUGCUAUACAUGCCACAACUCACACACCGUCAAAGCCACCCGCUCGACCUGCACCACCCUCUGUGGGAAUCGUGCCUUCUACAAGUACUACCACUACUACUACCCCUAGUGGUGCUCCUCCUCAAAGACCUGCACCACCCACAGAUAUUGGGCCAAAUUUUCAACCUACUAUCAGUGGCCCGCCGCCGAAACCUGCACCACCUUCGUUUCCCAAUAGUCCAGUGGCAGCUGGAAUGUCACCAGUGAAAGUGCCACCACCUGUGUCAGCUACACCAGUGCUUCCUCCAGUUCAGCCGAUACAAUCAAUGGCUACUUCUGCCAUAGAUUUACUUGAUCUUGAUUUACCAGGUAUGCCCGCAGUAGCACCAGUAGCACCCUUAAAUACAAAUCCAACUCCAAUCGCAGCUUUUGGUAUGGGACCUGCAAUGCCAAUGCAACCAUUGAGUACUGCUAUGGGUGCUCCACUUGCUGGCCCUACUAUUGUACCAUCUGUUGCACCGAUGCCUACUGGUACUGGUGUCGUCUCAACCCCUCCGGUUGUAGGUUUACCCCUAGUGUCAUCCACCGCAGCAAGUGGCGCGUUAGUGAACGGUGUGAUUGCUCAGACUCCAGUAUCCACGAACACACCGUUAAGUACAACAGCACGUCCGCCAAGCAUAGACAGAGUUGGUUCAGUUGAUUCACAGCACAGUCAGCACAGUCAGAACAGUCAGCACAGUCAACAUAGUCAACACAGUCAGCACUCAGUGGGCUCUCCGCAGUCUGUAGAAUGGGCUGUGCCUCACCAGACGAAAUUAAAGAACACUCAGUUGUUCAACACUUGGGACAGAACACGGUCCGGUUUCUUGUCUGGACCCCAGGCUAGAAAUAUCAUGGUGCAGUCGCAGUUGCCACAACUAAUAUUGGCACAGAUAUGGGCGUUAGCGGACAUGGACUCGGAUGGUCGGUUGAGCUGCGAUGAAUUUGUGUUAGCGAUGCAUUUAUGCGAAAUAGCUAAGGCCGGUCUUCCAAUCGAACUGAUUCCACCUGCGUUUAGACGUCAGCGGCAAAGUAGUCUGACACUUUCACAAAGUGGUGGACCGGAGAACGUGGAUCCAUUGGCUGGUAUGCCGCAGACAUCCUUCGAAGAUAAACGUAAAGAAAAUUUUGAAAAGGGUCAAGCAGAGUUAGAGCGUAGACGUAAAUAAGAGCGUGAAAGGAAAGAAAGGGAUGAAGCAGAGAAACAAGAGAAAAUCAGAUUAGAGCAGGAGAGACGUAGACAAGCAGAAAUCGAAAAGCAAAUGCUGAGGCAAAAGGAGAUCGAACAGGAGAAAGAGGAGCAACGGAAACGAGCGCAAGAACAGAGGGAAGCAGCGCGGAAAGAAAUGGAGAGGCAAAGGCAGUUGGAAUGGGAGAAACAAAAGUCACAAGAACUGCAGGCGCAAAGGCAAAAGGAACAGGAUGUGCUCCUCAAGCUGAAAGCAAAGAAUCAAACGUUAACCAUUGAACUUGGAACACUCAAUGACAAAGUGAAGGAGCUGUCGCAAAAAAUCUGUGACACUAGGGUGGGUGUCUCCGGUGUAAAAACGACCAUCGAUGGAAUGCGGUCGACUCGUGACGCGCAGUUACAGGAGAUGGCUGCAUUGAAGAACAAACUUCGAGAACAAAACCAAAGAUUAUUAGCUUUGAGCCAAGACAAGGCUCGUAUCGAGGCGAAGAACAGGAUGAACGCAGCUAUGGAAUCCGCGGGUCAGGAAGCUGUAAAGAUGGCGUUCGACAACAAAGAGAUCACCCUUAAGCAAAUGAAGGAUAAGAUUGCUGAUUUGCAGGAACAGAUCGAGGCGAAGAUGGCUGACAUAGAAAAUAACAACGGCCAGCUUCAAGAUAUUAAGACACAAAUACAAGAUUUAGCCACCGAUUGCAAGACUCUUUUCGUAACGUUCGAAGAUAAGAAGAUGAAGGUCUUAGAACUCAGAGCUACCGGUGGUGUCAGUGCUGGGACCGAUUAUACGUCUGCAUGGGGUGACAGCGCUUGGACUGAUACUAGCGAGGCAGUUAAUGAUAAUGACUGGCCUGUCAGCGACGCUACUACAACUAACGCGGUGGAGGAAAUUACUCCCGGAGUGAUGAAAUAUAGGGCUCUUUAUGAAUUUGUAGCCAGAAAUCAGGAUGAAAUAUCAUUUCAGCCUGGCGAUAUUAUUCUGGUACCACCCGUUCAAAAUGCCGAACCAGGAUGGAUGGCUGGUGAAAUUCGAGGUCAUACUGGUUGGUUCCCUGAAUCUUACGUCGAACCGGUGGACGCUGUAACGGGAAGUGAAAAUGUUUUCGUACAACAGGAUAGCGUGGAAAAGAGAACCUUAGAAGGAAUAGCUGAAGUUCCGGAAAAUGUAUCAGACGCUGGAUCAUUGGGCGGAGAAGCUCCUGUUGUUGAACCUAUCAUACCUACCCUUGGACUGGGCGUUGCCUGUGAUAUUCAAGUAACAACUCUGUACCAAUAUCAUCCUACGACGGAACAGCACUUAACCUUUGAAAAGGGAGAUAUAAUUAAAGUCAUUGAACAGCAGGGUGAUUGGUGGUAUGGUACGUCCAGUACCGAAGCCAGUGGCUGGUUCCCCAAAUCGUAUGUGAAAGAGAUUACUGCCAAUCAAGCUGCUGUGGUUGAUGGUCUCAAUGAGUACUAUAUGGCUCUGUAUUUGUACGCUUCCGCUGAAGCCGGGGAUCUGACAUUCAAUCAAGGAGAGGUUAUAUUGGUCACUAAGAAGGAAGGCGAUUGGUGGACAGGCACUAUAGGAGACAGAAAUGGAAUUUUCCCGGCCAAUUAUGUAGAGAAAUGCGAUGCUCCAGAUCAGGGUGUCUCUAUGACUACUAACGAGCCUGAAACAAUUACGACUGCUGCGACGCCUACGGACGCAACUGCAAUUAGCCAUGAAGCUCCGGUAGUCCAAGCAGCACUGCAAGAGGAAAAGACUGCUGAGCAGCUCGAAGAUGAACGAGCGGCCGCGGAAGAUAGAGCAGAAUUGCCAGACUUUACCGCAAUGGCUGCGCAGCAGUAUUAUAAGCGAGGAAGGAAACCUGAAAUUGUUCAAGUUCUUGCACCGUAUCAAGCUACCAGUUCUGAGCAGUUAGACUUACAGAAAGGACAGUUAAUAAUGAUACGUAAGAAAACUGACAGUGGCUGGUGGGAAGGAGAGUUACAGGCACGCGGUAAGAAGAGACAAAUUGGUUGGUUCCCAGCAUCUUAUGUCAAACCUUUGACCAGUAGUAGUAAUCGAAGUACACCAGUCUCUCAUGGUUACCAAGAGUCUCCCACAGAUCCAAAUGUUGAGCGUGUCAUGGCGUUAUACCCGUACCAGGCACAAAAUGAGGAUGAGUUAAGCUUUGAGAAAGGUGAUGUUAUAGUCGUGACUGCCAAAGACGAAGCAGCGUGGUGGAAAGGCGAAUUGAACGGAUUGUCUGGUGUAUUUCCCAGUAAUUAUGUAUCACCUAUGUCUAAUGAGACGACAACUGACCCAAUGACUGAUCUGGAUUCGAUGGAAAGAAAACGUCAAGAAUACAUAAAAGAACUUAUUACCACCGAACAAGCGUAUAUAGAAGACAUGAGACUCGUCCACGAGGUAUUUGAGAAGCCUCUUAUUGAAAGCUUAGUUUUAACUGUAGACGAAGUCGACAAAAUAUUCGUCAACUGGAGAGAUAUCAUUGCCUGUAACGAUAACUUUUUAAGAACACUGAGAAUACGACGAGAUAACAGCGAAGGAGAAAUCGUAAGAAUGAUCGGGGACAUUUUAUGCGAGAAUAUACCCAGAAUGUCAGCGUACAUUAGGUUCUGCAGUUGUCAGAUAUCUGCCGCUGUGUAUCUUCAACGAUUGACCGAAACUGUCCCAGAAUUUGUUGAAGUAGCGCACACGUGUCAGCAAGACCCACGUACAAAAGGAAUGCCUUUAAGUUCGUUUUUGAUAAAACCCAUGCAGAGGAUAACAAAGUACCCUCUUAUUAUUGGCAAAAUUUUAGAACACACACCGGUCGUUCAUCCCGAUAGACAGUAUCUUCAAGAGGCACUGGCCAAGGCGGAAGAAUUUUGUACUCAGGUGAACGAGGGAGUUAGAGAAAAAGAGAACAGUGAUAGAUUAGAAUGGUUGCAAACGCAUGUGGCCUGCGACGGUCUGGAAGAGCAACUUAUUUUUAAUUCUUUAACUAAUUCCUUAGGUCCACGAAAGCUUCUUCACUUCGGUAUACUUCAUAAGGCAAAAAGUGGAAAGGAACUCGUUGGAUUUCUCACGAACGACUUCCUGUUGUUCGCCCAACCAAUGCUCGCGAAAAAAUCAUUUCCCAGCGGACAACAGUUUUCGUUCGAACGAAACGAGCAUCAAAAAUUCAAGAUGUAUAGAAAGCCAAUAUUUCUAAGCGAAUUGUUCUUAGGAGACUCGGAUACCAAUGGGAACGUUAGUAGUUUGAGUUGGGGAGAGGGUACAGAAAACUCGAGCAAAAUACUUCGUUUACGAGAUCAGAAGAAAUCGAUAAUAUUAUUGGCAGCGUCGCCAGGCGAAUGUUCUCUAUGGGUCAGAAGAAUUACAGAAGCGAGAAAGAAAUUCUUGGAGAACGAGAAGACUCGUCUGCAAAGGCAGAGAUCAAAACAGGCACAGUUCGGAGCGUGCGGCAGAAUUCUCGUUACAGUACUCGAAGGUUUCAAUUUAAAGGCAACACCUGUUCGCAGGCGACCACCACAGGGUAGACUUCGGUUAGUAGUUGUGGAAGCUGAGGACAUUACGGUACCAAAAAAAGGGAAGUGCAAUACAUUUUGCAAAGUGAGCAUGGGUUCGCAAGAAGAGAGAACAGGUGUCGUAUCGGGAACGGAUUGUCCUUUGUGGGAUGCAUCGAUGCAGUUUCAAGUGAAGGAUUUGCUUGAAGAUACGCUGUGCAUUACAGUAUUUGACAAAGGCUAUUACAGCCCUGACGAAUUUCUUGGUCGAGCGGAAAUAAGGGUUGCAGAUAUAAUGAGAGACAGCAAAGACUCGUGUGGGCCAAUUCAGAAGCGUAUCCGCUUGCGUGAAGUUGAAACGGGUACCGUAGUCUUGAAACUGGAUUUACGGCUGUUUGGCAAUCGAUAAAAAGGCGUUGAUUACACAUAGAGGUAAAUGCUAAAGCUACUA